AUGUCUUUUGGUCCGAGUUUGAAUUCCACACGAUACCUCUCCGAAGAAGAGAUCAAGAUCCUGAAGCAUGAGUUCGACCAGUGGGAGCAGGAUACGGACCAAGGGGGCAACAUCACGGUCGAAGAGUUCGGCCGCGUGAUGAAAGCGUCGGGACAGAACCCUACGGCGGAGGAGCUCCAGCAGAUCAUCAAGGAGGUGGAUCUAGACGGCGAUGGAACUAUCAAUUUUGAUGAAUUCAUCGCCAUGAUGACAGGCCGCAGCCGCGCACCGCCCAGCUCCGUCACGGGUCCGGCCGCCGCAACCGCAGCCGAAGCCGAGAAAGAAACAGCCAUGACGGAAGGCGAUCUCGAUCUCAAGGCCACGUGGAAGGAGGUCGAUGCGCCGUCAUCGUGCACGGAGUCCCCGCGUCUCGGCGGCGCAGUUUCGCCUGCAGGUGAUGACCGGACUAGGUAG